ACUGAUUGAAAGGCAACUUUCAUCACUUUGUGCAUGCUCGAUUGAUAUGGUUUGGGAGGCCAUAUUUAUUGAGCAACCUGAGCAGCUUUAUCUCUCUCUCUCUCUCUCUCUUCCUAUCUUUACAGCAAUGUACCAGUCCCAUAUACAGAAAAAGCUCUGAGAAACAAAUAAUUAGAGCAGUCUCAGUACUGAUGAGAUGGGAACAAUUGCAGAAACAGAUUAUGUAAUUCAGUGUUGAUGAUUCUGAUCAAAUCUACCAUGUUUGCCAACUUGUGAGGGUUGGGUUUUGCUGGUUUCUUUGCUGUCAAAAAGCAUUGAAAACUUGCUAUUCCGAGACAUCAAAUUCCUUCAAGCAGGUGGUGGUUUUCUUCAAUCCACUGAAGAGAGAAUUACAAAAUGGACAAACGAAAGGCUACGAGGCAGCCACCAAAGUCUUCUUCUGCUGUGAGCUCAAUUGCCAAGGACCAAUUGGGAAGUGGAGAAAAGCAGACCAGAAAACCAAUGGAGGUUUUCAACCUGAGAGAGAACACUAAAAAAGAUAAUCAUGCUGAUAUUCCAGAAGCAGAAAGUGGAUCAGGAAGCACUUCUUUCACUUCUGCUGCUGCCAGAAGAGAUUCCAUCAACAAGUGGAUGGCAUUUGAACCUGGGCCCUCAGAUGAGCCUAACAAGAUCAAAGCCACUGAUUCAAAUGGAGGGUUUGGUUCUAAUUCUAGCAGUCAUAUUAUAACAGAGAAGGCAAGCAUAGCAGCAAGAACAGCAGAGUGGGGGAUGGUUAUGAAGUCAGAUAUUGGAGAAGGUAGCUUCAAAGGCAUAGGGUCAAGGAAAUCAGGUGGUGGUGGAGAUAAAAGCAAAAACUCAUCAGGGAGAUUUGAAUCAACAAGGUCAUCAGAGGACUCAAACUUUGGGGGUGACAUUCCUAGGGUUUCUAAUGACUUGAAGGCAGCUCUGUCUACUCUGCAGCAGACAUUUGUUGUGUCUGAUGCCACAAAACCUGAUUGCCCAAUUAUGUAUGCCAGCAGUGGGUUUUUUGGUAUGACUGGUUAUUCUUCAAAGGAGGUCAUUGGAAGAAAUUGCCGAUUUCUUCAGGGGCCGGAAACGGACCAGGAUGAAGUGGCGAAAAUCCGAGACGCAGUGAAAAAUGGGAAAAGCUACUGUGGCAGGCUCUUCAAUUACAAGAAAGAUGGAACUCCUUUCUGGAAUCUUCUCACCAUCACCCCAAUCAAAGAUGAACAAGGAAAAACCAUCAAAUUUAUUGGAAUGCAGGUUGAGGUCAGCAAGUACACAGAAGGGGUGAAUGAAAAGGAACUAAGGCCAAAUGGGUUGCCCAAGUCACUUAUCCGCUAUGAUGCUCGUCAGAAGGAGAAGGCAUUAGGCUCCAUUAAGGAAGUUGUCGAAACUGUGAAGCAUCCACGUUCUCACACCCAGGAUGUGAGUUAUGAGACUGCUAGCAGUCAUGGGGAGCAGGAUAGCCUUAACCUUGAUUAUGUUCUGCCUAAAUCUGCUGCAAUUGCAAAUAUGAAUACACCCGGUCGAAAAACUCCUCAAUCGGAUGUGAAAGGUGAUGCAUUUCGCAUGAGCUCUACUUAUGAUGCAGGCAAAAUAUCAAGAAAAUCUGGAUUCGCUUCUUCAAUGGGAUUCAAAACAAGGUCUCUAAGCUCUGCAGGCAUGCAUGAAAAAGAACCUAUUAUAGAACCGGAGGUUUUGAUGACCACAGAUAUAGAGUCCUCUGACAGUUGGGACCGCACUGAAAGAGAAAGGGAUAUACGCCAAGGAAUUGACUUGGCAACCACAUUGGAACGCAUUGAAAAGAACUUUGUGAUUAGUGAUCCUAGAAUUCCUGAUAACCCAAUUAUAUUUGCAUCUGAUAGCUUUCUGGAACUGACAGAAUAUACGCGUGAAGAAAUUUUGGGAAGAAAUUGUCGUUUUCUCCAGGGACCUGAAACAGAUCAAGCAACUGUCUCAAAGAUACGAGAUGCCAUUAGAGAACAAAGAGAUAUUACUGUACAGUUGAUCAACUAUACCAAGAGUGGAAAAAAGUUUUGGAAUUUAUUUCAUUUGCAACCCAUGCGUGACCAAAAGGGUGAACUUCAAUAUUUCAUUGGUGUCCAACUGGAUGGGAGUGAUCAUGUGGAACCUCUCCGAAAUCGCCUAUCAGAGAGAGCAGAGCUAGAAAGUUCUAAGCUGGUCAAAGCUACCGCAGUAAAUGUUGAUGAGGCUGUCCGAGAACUUCCUGAUGCCAACUUGAGACCAGAAGAUUUGUGGGCAAUUCAUUCUCAGCCUGUCUUCCCAAGGCCUCACAAAAGGGAUACUCCUUCUUGGCUAGCAAUACAAGAGAUUACUGCUCGUGGUGAAAAAGUUGGUCUACAUCAUUUUAAGCCCAUAAAACCAUUGGGUUGUGGUGAUACUGGCAGUGUCCAUUUGGUGGAGCUACAAGGUACAGGUGAACUGUAUGCUAUGAAGGCAAUGGAGAAGUCAAUAAUGUUGAACCGUAACAAGGUUCACCGAGCAUGCAUUGAAAGGGAGAUAAUUUCGCUACUGGAUCAUCCUUUUCUUCCCACACUGUACACUUCAUUUCAGACUUCUACACACGUUUGUUUGAUAUCAGACUUUUGCUGUGGUGGAGAGUUAUUUGCUUUGCUUGACAAGCAGCCUAUGAAACUAUUCAAGGAGGACUCUGCGAGGUUCUAUGCGGCAGAGGUUGUCAUUGCCUUGGAAUAUCUUCACUGUCUAGGAAUAGUUUAUCGCGACCUUAAGCCUGAGAAUAUUUUACUCCAGAAGGAUGGGCAUGUUGUCUUAACAGACUUUGAUUUAUCAUUUAUGACAUCCUGUAAACCCCAGAUUAUAAGGCAUCAAUCGCCUAACAAAAAAAGGAGAUCUAGGAGUCAACCACCACCAACAUUUGUUGCAGAACCAGUUACACAAUCAAAUUCAUUUGUCGGAACUGAAGAGUAUAUUGCUCCUGAAAUUAUUACUGGUGCAGGCCACAGCAGUGCCAUUGAUUGGUGGGCUCUUGGUAUUUUGUUGUAUGAGAUGCUCUAUGGCCGUACGCCUUUCAGGGGAAAAAAUAGACAGAGGACAUUCACCAAUGUCUUGUACAAAGAUCUCACCUUUCCAGGCAGCAUUCCGGCAAGCCUAGCAGCGCGGCAGUUGAUCAAUGCAUUGUUGCAAAGAGACCCUGACACACGAUUAGGAUCCAGUACUGGUGCAAAUGAAAUCAAGCAACAUCCUUUCUUCCGCGGAAUUAAUUGGCCCUUGAUUCGUUGCAUGAGACCUCCGCCAUUAGAGGUGCCUCUUCAGCCCAUCGCAAAAGAUCUAAAGGCCAAGGAUAUAUCGUGGGAAGAUGAUGGAGUUCUUGUAAAUUCAAUGGAUUUGGAUAUUUUCUAAAGAAUUUUUUAUGAUGCCAUGGGUGGAAUUCUGUGGUGCUUGACUGGACAAGGUCUUUUGGCUCAGCCUUCCUAUUGACAGAAUGAGGCUAUAACUUGUUUUUGAGGCAUGAAUGUCGAAUCUUCAGAGAGAAAUAGCCAAGAGCUUCAACAUGGUAGCCACUUCGGUUGUCUGGGUUGGGUUCAGUAGAGAAUUAGCAUUUAAGCAGCAAUUAACCACGAAUAAAUGUUCUUAAUCAAAUCAAAAUUAAUAAUAUCUACAUAUAAUGUUAAUACGAAUUUAUGCCCUAACUUGCCAAAUUCAUGUUUAGUCUUCACCGGAUGAGAAAUUUUUUAGUAAAUA